CUCGUUCAAAAACUGGUCCCGAUUUGCAUAACUCCACCUGAAACCUGUAACCGAUGAUGCAGGUCAAAAAUCCACAAGUAUAUAAAAUUCAUUACCACUUUACAGCCAUACAGUCUAGAAGCAAAGUCGCGAGUAACCGUUACUUAAACUCGAUUGCGAUGCUUCGCAAUCUGACGGUGAUUUUAUUCGUUGUUGAAUUUGCGUUCGCGAGAAUAUACGAUCGGUGUGAAUUAGCAAAAGAACUCAGACACGUUCACGAUUUUCCAGAAGAACACAUUUCCACGUGGGUAUGCAUCGUCCAGCACGAAUCGCAGUUCAACACUUCUGCGAUGAAUCCGGGAAGUGGUGACCACGGUCUAUUCCAGAUAUCCCAGCUGUAUUGGUGUUCGCCUCCGGGGGAUGGUUUCGCCUGUAACACUGCCUGUUCCUCGUUCAGAGAUGACAAUAUAUCUGACGAUGUAAGAUGCGUCAAGAAAAUUUACAAAGAACAUACCCGUUUGUCCGGAAAUGGUUUCAAUGCUUGGGCUGUUUACCCGUUGUAUUGCAAAGGAGACACCAGCAAAUACAUCGGUGGAUGCCCAGGAAACUUGAUUGACAACACUGUUAGUAGUACAGUAGAAGAAGAAGUCCCAGUCAACGAAGAUGACGACGGAUACGACUUUCCUCCUUUGCCGGGCUCCCCAAAAGUCUACAGUCGCUGUGAGUUGGCCAAAGAGCUGAAAAAUGUUCACAAAUUUCCAGAGGAGCAGAUUUCCAAAUGGGUAUGCAUAGCUGAACAUGAAUCCAAUUUCAAUACCUCAGCCAACAAUAAGGGGAGCGGUGAUCAUGGGCUUUUCCAGAUAUCAGAACAGUACUGGUGCUCUCCUUACGGAAGAGGGCUGGGGUGUAACGCAAACUGUGCGUCGUUUAGGGACAGAAGCAUUGCUGAUGAUGUGAAGUGUAUUCGGUUGAUAUACCAGGAGCACACUGCCAUUUCCGGAGACGGUUUCAACGCUUGGGUGGUGUACCCCCUGUACUGUAAAGGAGAUACGAGCAGUUAUAUCAGGGGGUGUUUCGGUGUGGAUGAUGACGGUUAUGACUUCCCACGUCUGCCAAGUCCCCCUAAGACAGUUCUGAAUAACAUAGUCGGUAAUGCUAUCGAGGAUGAUGGUUACGAGUUUCCUUCACUGCCAACAACUACAAGAAACGGAUUAUUUCCUUAUUCGACUGAAAAAACAUUAAGCUCAACAACUCGUGCACCUUCACCACCAAAACUGAAUGUGGGGGUUAGCAACUCAAUUCCAAUAUUCAGUUAUUAUUCUUCUUCGACUGUCCCACCUAAAAUACCAGCAAUACUAUUUGAAACCAAGCAAACUUUCUCUACUGGUUUUAGUUUUGCUGGUAACACCCCAACUACGCCUAAAUCUCUUUAUACUUUCGAGUCGAACCCUACUAUAAAUAUCACCAAGUUAUUAGAUACAUCUAGCGUACCAAAAAAACAAUUUUCCAACAAUCUGAAUAUUGUCCCAUCUACUUUUCCCAAGUCGUCUGUCUUACCUAACCAAAACACUUUUACCACCAAAUCUGAUGUAUUCAAAUCAAGCACUUAUAGUCCCUUUUCCACUAUUGCCACUAAAACCCCUUCGAUCAAAAAUACUGCCAUACCUUUCCUUUCUUCUUCAUCAACUCCCAAUAAUGCUUCUCUGUCACCUAAAGCUAGACAGUUAACCUUCAAAACAUUUCAACCCUUUACUAUGAGACAGAGAACGGGAAUACCAAGGCAUACUAGACCCCCUGGUUUCCCACCAAGACCGUCUAGACCAAACGCUAGUCCAGCAAGACCAUCAAGACCUGGACCUCCACCCCCACCUGCAGGGCCUAUUUUCACGUUACGGCCCACUACUUUUACUGGACCUGUCGCAACUUCUGUGUAUGUCACUAGUCCGAAACCACUGGGAAGAGAGUUGAAAGCAGGUGCUAGCGAUAGAAGUUAUUUCGCCAGUGCUAGCUCCCUAUCUAAGGUUUUAACAUCUAGUAGUUCAUCAGUACCUUCAACUACCUCGAGUAGUACGGUGAAACGGUCAGAUAGUAGAGCAAGUGAACAGUUCCCUGGGUACUCGUUUUCCAGAACUAGGCUUGGUUUCAGACUUUUUCACAAUUCGAGGAAAUGAAAACUCUCGACGUAAAUGAAGACUGUAUAGUUUAAGUUACUGUUUGAUUUAUGUAAAUUGUUUUUUAAUAAUAUUUCAAUUUUCAAGGUG